AUGAUACUGGCAAGUUUGCUGGAGAGGCAGAACGGGUAUGAGGAUCAGCCGCCAGGUCCAGUAGAUGGCAGAAACGCACCGCGAGUUGUUUUUGACCAGCAUAAAACACGAGAUGAAACAAGAGCUGCAGACAGUUUGAGCGCGCAGAUGUUCAUCAUGAGAGAGCAGGUGGACGUGAUCUGCUGUAAAUCAGUAGGAACUGAUCUGUCCAUGCUGGAUAUUGAUGAUUUCAUCACAGAAAUCUCUCAGCUGAAGAAAGAUGUGACGUCACUGGAGACAAAACUGAUGGAGACAGAACUGUAUUCACGCUGCACCUGUUUUGAGCGAGUUAAAGUUGAGAUUGAGCUGGAAAAGGUUUCCUGUCAAUCUUCAGUGUGUGUGACUGAUGGGACCUCCACAGAAUGUCAGGAUUCAGUGUGGAGCGGCAGAGAUCCGUCCACACCACAGCAGCUGCUGGACAAACUCUCUGAACAGAGAUCCAGAGACACACAGGACUCACAGCUCACUUUACUCUGUUCUACUGAUGCUCAGGAGAGUGUGUGUGACAGUAAUCAGGGUGAUCAAACCUCCACAGAGUCUCUGACUUCUGUCUGUAACGCUGGAGAACAGCAGAUGCUGCAGACACCAGUGAAGAUUGAAGUGAAGCAGGAGAUAAAAGAAGAAAACAAAGCAGAGGAAGAACAGAGUGAUGAAGAUGAUAAUGAACAGCAGAUGCUGCAGACACCAGUGAAGAUGUGUUCAGUGAAGCUGCUGGACUGCAGAAACCUGAUGAAGAUUAGAGGAGAAACCACCACAGAGGAACAACAGCGAGAUGAAGAUAAUUUUAUUCAUUCAGAGCUGAUGGAAGAGCAAGAGGAACAUCGAGAGCUGAAUAAACUUCAGCAUCAGAAACAUCAUGAUUUAAUGACUGGAGAAAAAUCUUUGAGUGACUCAAAGACUAAGAAGUUCUCACUAAAGUCACAAAGAAGAGCAUCAAAACAUUAUUUCACCUGCUUUCAGUGUGGAAAGAGUUUCACGUUUAAAAGAGAUCUUAAUGUUCACAUGAGAAUUCAUACUGGAGAGAAGCCUUACAUGUGUCAUCAGUGUGGGAAAAGUUUUACAUAUACACAAGAUCUCAAGAUUCAUCUCCUCCGUCACACUGGAGAAAGACCAUUUGAAUGUGAUCAGUGCGGUAAAACAUUUGUUGUGGCAGCGCACCUAAAAACACACAUGAAAACUCACACAAAUAAGAAUUCUUACAAGUGUUCUUUUUGUGGAAAGAGUUUUGCUUACCGGUCAUAUUUUAAACAGCACCAGAAAAUACAUUACAGCAUUGGUGCUCCAAUGUGCUUUGAUUGUGGGAAGACCUUUACAACAGCCAGCAACUUGAACAAGCACCAAAGAAUCCAUACUGGAGAAAAUUUUUACAAGUGCUCACACUGUGAAAAGAGUUUCACUCUGUUACAAAGCCUGAAAACACAUGAGAGAAUCCAUACUGGAGAGAAACCUUACCAGUGCUCACAGUGUGGAAAGAGUUUCACUCAGUCACAAAACCUGAAAACACAUGAGAGAAUUCAUACUGGAGAGAAACCUUACAAGUGCUCGCACUGUGGAAAGAGUUUCGCUCAGUCACAAGACCUAAAAAAACACGAGAGAAUACAUACUGGAGAGAAACCUUUUAAGUGCUCUCACUGUGGAAAGAGUUUCGCUCAGUCAUACAACCUGAAAAAACACGAGAUAAUUCAUACUGGAGAGAAACCUUACAAGUGCUCACACUGUGGAAAGAGUUUCGCUCAGUCACAAAACCUGAAAACACACGAGAGAAUCCAUACUGGAGAGAAACCUUACAAGUGCUCACACUGUGGAAAGAGUUUCACUCAGUCAGAAAGCCUGAAAACACACAAGAGAAUCCAUACGGGAGAGAAACCAUACCAGUGCUCACACUGUGGAAAGAGUUUCACUCUGACACAACACCUAAAAAGACACGAGAGAAUUCAUACUGAAGAGAAACCAUAAAAGUGCUCUUCGAGUGGGAGGAGUUUCAGCACAGCAAGACAUGUGUUGCCCAAAGUAAUCGCAGAGAGAAGUACUUCUUCAGUUACAAUGCAGUGCAGCAGCAUCUAUGAAGAGUAAUGUAAUUUGCUAAAAUCACCUGUUCUGGUGAAGUUUGGCCUUGUUCAACAUUGUAUUAAUGACCCAAUUUCACCUGAUAUUAUUAUGGUGAUCUGAUCACAAGUGGUUUGCACUAAAUACAGGAGGAAAUGGGGCCCAGAACGUUUUGUUAUCGAAUCACCAAAACCACAUACGGAGGUAGUAAAAAUGCAUAUGACCACAUCGCAAUUAAACUGUGCUCUUAUGUGCGACUUUAAAAGGAAAUAACCAUCCGGUCCGAAUAUUUGAAAAGGCAUACUUGUAUACAACUACAAGAACUUCAUGGAUCUUCUACAGAAGUUUAAUAAAGUAAAUAUAAUUCUGAUAGAAAUGCUACAGUUGUGCUCAGAUACAAUUUCAGCAGUGUUUUCCUUGUCAUUAAUUACUUUUAUGAGGUUUGUUACUAUGCAGUAAUACACUGACAUAGUGAAUGAUUUUGUUACAUGCA